AUGGCAUACUGGAGCGAUGCAGGAGGCGACCAUGCCACCGUUUGGGCGCUGAUUCAGCUUCUUCAGUGGAGUGGUGGCAGUUGCCCAGCAAGUGCAGUGGGCUACAUUUAUCAGCAGGAAGGCGGCAGUACACACCGCUGGGUGCUUCAGCAGCACGGCGGUGUGCAACACUUUGUGUCUGCGCAUUCCGAGGUCUUUGUCCUAGAGCCUAAGAAGCCAGGUGACAAGUGUCCAACCAUUUGGCUGCGUUAUGCGUGGGAGCAGCUGGCUGGCGAUGGAGUCAAUGCUGCUACAUGCAACUUCCAGGGAGGAAUUUGCGCUCAAGGUGCUGCCUGCAAGUUUUCACAUCAGCUUUCGCAGGAUGAAUCACCACUUCGAAUGGAGAAACUACGAUUGCAGGUUGAAUAUUACCUGAGCGAUGAGAAUUUGGCGACCGACUCUUUUUUCCAGGCUUUGAUCCGAGGGUCUUCUGGUGGCUGGGUGCCAGUUUCCACCUUUCAAGGCUGCCCCAGAAUCCAACAAUUGAAGGCCACUUCGGAAGAGUUGGUGGCCAGCUUGCGCUGGUCCACUCAGUUGCAGCUGCGCGAGUGGCCAGUGGGGGCAGAGGAAGUUCGUCGAAAGAAUCCACUACCUGAAUUGCUUGCGCCAAAGCCGCCCGAGCCACUCAACGAGGACACUCUGGAGGAACGGCCCUUGGUACUGCUUAGAGACUGCUGUGAUGGCUGGCAAGCUGUUGUUGAAGACUUGGAGCGCAGGUCAUUUUGCUUUCUGAAGCGCAGGCCUAUUUCCGAAGCUUUGCUUCGAGAGGAAUUCCAAGAACUGCUUGCGUUUGCUGAUUGGCAGACUUUGCGGAGCAAGGCUGGUGCUGUCACCCGAAGCACUGCGUGGUAUGUGUCACCUGGAUGCUGCUGCCGCUACACCUACGGAGAAGCAUCUGUACAAGCCCGUGAAAAACCCGAGUGGCUCCACCAUGUCGAGGCCCGGAUCUUGGGAGACCUGUGUGGCCUCAGUAGAGAUCAGUGGCCCAACAGUGUGAACAUGAACUUGUACGAAGACGAGUCGCAAAAUGUGGGCUGGCAUUCCGAUGAUGAGGGUCUUUUUCGGGGAUGCCAAACAGAUUGUCGGAUUAUUUCGGCCUCAUGGGGAGCUUCUCGCCGAUUUGAAAUAGCGCUGAAGGACCGAAGCCAUAUCUCUGGAAAGCCGAGUAUUUUCCACGACACAUUGCAGGGAAUUGACCUUCACUCAGGUGACCUCUGUAGCAUGGAAGGUGCAUUUCAGCGGCACUACUCCCACCAAAUCGCCAAGGGUGCAGCAUCCGGCCCAGCAUCCUCUCCUGCUGCUUCAUUGGAGAAAAGUUGUCCAUAUUCCACCGCCAGGAUCAAUCUGACUUGGCGAUACAUUGUUAGUCAUAAACCGUACUGCCCUCAAUCCCGAGUGGAUCAGAGGCAGGCUCCUUGUACAGCGUGA